AUGGCGAACGCGGCGUCCGGCGUGGCGGUGGCGGAGGAGUGCGUGGCGCGGUUCCAGGAGCUGCGCGGCGGCCGCGCGCACCGCUUCGUGGUGUUCAAGGUCGACGACGCGCUGCAGCGGGUGGUGGUGGACAAGGUGGGCGAACGGGGCGCCGUCUUCGGCGACCUCACUGCCAGCCUCCCCGCCGACGACUGCCGCUACGCCGUGUACGACCACGACUUCACCGUCGAGGACGCCACCGCCACCGGGGAGUCGCCGCGCAGCAAGAUCUUAUUCGUGGUCUGGUCCCCCGAGGCGGCGGGCGUGAGGAGCAAGAUGGUGUACGCCAGCUCCCGCGAGGGGUUCAGGAAGGAGCUGGACGGCGUGCAGGUGGACCUCCAGGCCACCGAGCCCGGCGAGCUGACGCUCGACGUCCUCAACAACCACGCCUCCUGA